AUGGAACAGAAAAGGUUUACAUUCAAGAGAUCUAACAAGGAUUGCGACGAAGCCGACCAACCAUUUAGUACUCCAACCCUACGGGCCCGGACUCUACUACCCAUUCCCUUUUGCUACAAAGAGAGUGUCAGGAGAAUCCAUGUACGAAAAAG